CGCUGUUCGUAUCCAUCACGGGCCACAAGACGAAUCCAUGGCGCCGGCUGAGCUGGAGACCUAUGCCUUCAAUGCGGACAUCAGCCAGUUGAUGUCCUUGAUCAUCAAUGCCUUCUACACUAACAAGGAGAUCUUUCUGCGAGAGCUGAUUUCAAACGCGUCAGAUGCGCUGGACAAGAUCCAAUUCCAGGCUUCACAAGACCCUUCGAAGUUGGAAUCCGAGCCGAACUUGUGCAUCAAAGUAACGCCUGACAAAGACACUGGAAGUGUCACUGUAGAAGACACUGGGAUUGGCAUGACCAGAGAGGAGAUGAUCCUGCACUUGGGCACUAUUGCAAAGUCUGGGACCAAAGCAUUCAUGGAGGCUGUGUCGUCUGGAGCAGACAUGUCAAUGAUUGGUCAGUUCGGGGUUGGCUUCUACAGUUCGUACUUGGUGUCUGAGAAAGUCCGCGUCGUCUCAAAAAGCAACGAUGACGAGCAAUACAUUUGGGAGUCAACCGCUGGAGGUACGUUUCUGGUUUGGAAGGACACAACCUUUGAGCACGGAGUUCUCAAGCGAGGAACCAAGGUGAUUUGCUAUCUCAAAGACGACCAGGCGGAGUUUCUGGAGAGUGAUCGCCUCAAGGAGCUCAUCAUGAAGCACUCCGCGUUUGUUGGCUUUCCAAUUGACUUGCGAAUGGAACACCGCAAGGAAGAAGAAAUUGAAGUCGAGGAGGACGGAGCACCAGAGAAGAGGAGAAAGGUGACGGUGAGCUACUCCUGGGAGCUCAUGAACAAGAACAAACCCUUGUGGCUGCGUCCUCCCGAGAGUGUAUCUCAUGAGGAAUACGCAGACCUCUACAAGUUCCUAUCUGGCGACUGGGAGGAUCAUUUGGGCGUGAAGCACGUGACCCAGGGUGGCCAGGUCGACUUCAAAGCACUUCUCUUUUGCCCAAGAAAUGCCCCAAAGGACAUGUUCGAUAUGGGGAAAAUGUCGCAGCGAUUUAGCAUUCGGCUCUAUGUUCGCAGGGUCUUCAUCAAGGAGUUCAAUGACCUGAUCCCGAAAUGGAUGGGAUUUAUCAAAGGAAUUGUCGACAGCGAUGACAUGCCUCUGAACAUUAGCAGAGAGAUGCUGCAGCAGAAUGCUAUCUUGAAGCACAUCAAGACGGGUCUUCAGAAGAACAUCUUCAGCAUGUUUCAAGAACUUUCCCAGGACAAAGAGCGAUUCAAGAGCUUCCAAGAGGCCUUCUCACAGUGCCUGAAACUGGGCGUCUACGAGGAUCAUGCCAACAGGGAGCAGAUUAUUCCACUUCUUCGAUACCACUCCUCAAAAUCCGGGGAGGAACUUGUUGGUCUUGAUGAGUACGUUGGCCGAAUGAAGCCAGGCCAGCGUCACAUCCUCUACAUCACCGGACGAACGAAGCGCGAUGCAGCCAGGUCUCCCUACAUUGAGGGCUUGAAGCGAGAUGGCUUCGAGGUGCUGUACAUGACGGACCCGGUUGAUGAAUAUGCUGUUCAAUUUCUGAAGGAGUAUCGCGGAUACGAAGUGCUGAGCUGCAUGAGCAUGGAUGCUGCUCGACUUCUAGAUCAUCGCUCUGAACAGGACCUGAAGGCUGAAUUGGAGCCCCUGAGGAGACGAGUCGCAGAGCUUUUGCGCCCCACGGUGCCAAGCCUAAGCGUCAGCCUGGCAUCUGGCAUCCCAGCAGAUUGUUGUGCACGUCUUGCAGAGUCCCAGGAGGGCCCAGUUUUGGAGCUAAACUUCAAGCACAGCUUGCUUAAGGAGUUGGGCAAACACUCAAGCUUUGCAGAGGUCUCCAGACAAGAUGAUUUGGCUGCAGAUCUUGGCAGGUUACUCUAUGACUUGGCUGCCUUGGAAAGCGAUCCAGACCCCAAGUGGAGUUCUGCAUGCGAGAAAUGCCAGGAGCUUCUUCAGGCUCUCAACAUCGGUGACAGUGAGGCUGCAGAUGAACUACCAGCUCUUGGCACAUUGGUUUCCGAGGAGGGCGAAGCCGAGAAGAUCGAGAUCAGCCCGGCAAAGGCGGCAGAUGAGGCUUUGCUCUCUUGUGGCCGAUGCGUGCGCAUUGCCCGCCCAGAUCGUGCCCGACGGGCUAUGAUUACCUUCGUGGAUGAGGAUGCCAAGACUGUCGAUGUGCUCUACCCAAAGCCGCGUAGCUCAUCUCAGGAGGAAGAAGAGGAGGGAGUACCAAUCAAGUACGUGCAGUCACUGGAGGGCUUCGAGCUCUUGAGUCCAGUUGAGGACACGGUCUUCAAGUUUGGAAGUGCAGCAAAGGAGAAUGGCAAUCUGCUCUUCACGAUGAAGGAUUUUGAGGCCGCUGCAGAGUUCUACAGCUCCGGCAUCGCCAAGUUCGCGUCGCGAAAUAUCCAGCGAGGGGAUCAGGUACUAGUGAGACAAGUGGAUUCCGAGAAGGCAAAGACGACACUCAUACAGAGCACCGUUUUGUCUCUGGAUGCAGAGGGCCUGUGUGAGCUGUCCAAUGGUUGUGAAGUGCCAGCGACCGAGCUUUUGCCAAUUUGUCAAGAGCUCUUGCCGCUGCACACAUCUCUCUACAUGAAUCGGGCUCGCUGCCGGCAGAACCUUGGUCGUCACAAAGAGGCCUCGCAGGACCUCACGGCUGUUCUGGGUUUGUGGAGUGCUGCAGACAAGCGCCUAUUGCAGGCGGACCCAGAGAUGAAGGAAGCAGAAGAAAAAGGACUGACCGUCUUCUCGAUGAGUCUGAGAGAUCGAAUGACAAGCGGUCUCGCCGCUCGAAUCGAAGGCCUCUACACAGCCGAGUACCUGCGAAGUAGGUCGAGGCUUGCUCGAGGUCUGGCACGUGCAGCAAGUCAGGAUGUGAAGGAUGCGCUCGCUCGGAACCCACCUGCUGCAACUGUCAAACAGCUGAAACAGCUGAAGGCAGAGGUGCAGGCUGCUCAAGAGAAGCAGCGGCAACUGAACGGGCCUUUGGCUAAGGAGCUGGCGAAGCUCGUAAUCUCAUUGAGAGGUGGGCCUGAAAUCUCCUGAUUCAGAACAUUGUGCAGCUGGAGCGGGAGGUGUGCAUGUCGAGGUGGAAUCCAUACAGGAUUCUCUCAAAAGACAUGAUAUACCAUUUGCCCGAGUCUAGCUCAGUGCAAAAGGAUCUGCAAGGCCACUUUACUUGCCACCGC